GGUGUCUUGUUUUUCCUUGGCAGAUAACCCACAGAAUCGGAAACUAAAGAUUAUAGGAUUAGGAUGCUCCUAUAUCUCAGGACCAUAAAACAAUGGCUAUGCUCCUCCUACUAACAUCAGUAGCAUCUCAGCAAGGGGAGUUUUAGGAACAAAUAACAGAAAAUGGCAAACUUGGUUCAGCCAAAUCUUAUCAGCAGUGAUCAAUAGCGAAAUCCAAGACCUGCCCAUGUUUCUUUUCAGUUGGAAGUCAUCAAUGAAACUCUGGUUUCUGCAAUUGUUUGUUUGGAAGUAACUGUCGUCCUUUCUCUGUCUUUUCCUCAGCAGCACUGCAAUUAAUUGCUGAAACUUUCUUCCUCAUCUAUAGAGAUUGCAAAUGAAUGAGAAACGUCAUUCUUGAAAGAAUACUCAAUAGAAGCAAUCACCUAGUCGCACAUUCUUGAUCUUUGAGAGCAAUUAUUUACAAGUGUUGAAGUUGACUAAAAGUCAAACUUAUCCUCAAAGGACAGAGGCAAAAGAAGAGAGAGACGAGUAUGAAUGAUAUUAAUUCAGACAGAUCAAAGCCAUGGAACAUUUACACGAGCUCAGAUCCAACCCCAGCUCAAACAGUUACAGGAGUAGGAGGAGUUGAUAAUGAAGCUCCGUGGAAAAGUUUUGGGACAUCCAUGAAUGCGAUUUCCUUUGGUUUUGUUGCCACAGCUAUUUUGAUAUCUAUGUUUCUCAUCAUGGCCAUCUUUGAGCAUCUCUUCAAGCCAAGCCCUUCUUUUUCCUCCUCUGAAGAUAUCGCCAGCGCCAACGCUUCUCUCGAGUCGGGAACAUUUCACAAACUUGGAAAUCCACAAACAGUUCCAACAACUUGCGCAUCAGAUUUCUCAGUAGUGAUGCCUGGGCAGCAGUAUCCAACAUAUAUAGCACAACCAGCUCCUUUUCCUUCCCAACGGGAAGGAAUAUGUUGGCCUUCCCAUGAACAUAGUUUUCUACUUCCUCAGCAGAUAUAGUACUUGUAUAUUCAUAAAAUCAAUCAACUCUCUUUUAUCUCUAUAUAUACUAAGUUAAGUUAUAUAAAUUUUGUACAAUCGCAGUGCAAUAUUUUCUUGGAGAGAAUGCAAUACCCUGCAAGUUUUCAGUGAGCGCCUGAUUGCAGAGGAAUGUCCUUGGAAAUUCACUUUUUUUUUUCCUAGCAAUAUUCAACUGCU